CCCCAUGUUACUUCACCACCAACCUCGAUUAAUCCACCAAUAAAUUCAAAUUUCUCAGAUACACACUCUUCUACCAUCAUCUUCCUCCGAUUCAUCGUAACCCCUCGUUGCAUUAUGAAUCGAUGAUCAUCAGUUGAAUCCAACGCCAUGAUUCCCAUCAAAAUUCAUCUCUUCUUUCUUUUAAUCUGUUUUUCUGUUUCGUCUUCAUUGAACUCCGAUGGGCUUUCACUGCUGGCACUCAAGGCCGCCGUCACAGAUGAUCCUACUAAAUCACUCACCACCUGGAAGGAGACAGAUUUAACGCCGUGCCGCUGGACUGGCGUCGCCUGCAACUCCGACCACCGUGUCACUAGCAUUUUUCUACCCAAUAAGAAUCUCACUGGCUACCUUCCAUCGGAGCUCGGUGCAAUCGUCUACCUCCGCCACCUCUCCCUCUCUAACAACAACUUCUCCAAACCCAUCCCGGAUCAUCUCUUCAAUGCCACCAAUCUACUCUCUAUAGACCUCUCCCACAACUAUCUCACUGGACCAAUCCCGGAGAAAAUCACAACUCUCAAGUUUCUCACGAUUUUGGAUCUAUCUUCAAAUUUCUUAAACGGGUCUCUGCCGGAGUCUCUCAGCAACCUCACAACCCUCUCCGGUACGCUUAAUCUGUCCUACAAUCAGUUAUCCGGUGAGAUUCCGGCGUCGUAUGGGUUGUUUCAGGUAAUGGUUAGUCUAGACCUCCGUCAUAAUAACCUCACCGGAAAAAUACCACUCGUAGGCUCUCUGCUUAACCAAGGGCCAACGGCAUUCAACGGAAAUCCAUUUUUAUGUGGGUUUCCAUUAGAAACACAGUGCUCUGAUCCGGAAGCUCAGAACCCUAGGGUUUUGUCCAAUCCGGAUACCCCCAAAGACCCGGGUUCUUCAGUCGCUUUACCAGGCAAAACCAAUGACAGUUCUGGGUCUGUUACAGUACCUUUAAUCUCCGGCGUAUCCGUAGUUAUCGGGAUAAUGUUUUUCUCCAUGUGGGUUUACCGGAAAAAAUGGAGGUCUCGCGAGGCCAAAUUAGGGCAAAAAGAAAAACAGGAGAACGAACAGAUUACAGUGAUAACGAAGGAAGAAGAAGGACAAGAUGGUAAAUUCGUAGUAAUGGAUGAAGGGUUUGGUUUGGAAUUAGAGGAUUUACUGAGGGCAUCAGCUUAUGUGGUGGGAAAGAGCAAAACAGGGAUAGUCUACAAGGUCGUCGCCGGACGUGGUUCCGGUGCGGCGGUGGGUGCGGUGGUUGCCGUGAGACGGUUGAGCGAAGGCGACGGCACAUGGCGGCUUAAGGAGUUUGAGGCGGAGGUAGAAACCAUAGGGAGGGUUCAACACCCUAACAUAGUUAGGUUAAGAGCUUAUUACUAUGCAAAUGAUGAAAAGCUCUUGAUUUCAGAUUUUGUCAGCAAUGGGAGCUUGUACUCUGCACUUCAUGAUGUAGGUGGGCCCGCGAACCCGUUGCCGUCAUUGUCAUGGGCCUCAAGGCUCAAAAUUGCUCAAGGAACCGCAAGGGGUCUGGCCCACAUCCACGAAUGCAGCCCACGAAAACACGUACACGGGAACAUAAAAUCAUCAAAAAUCCUUCUCGAUGAAGAUUUACAGCCUUUCAUAUCCGGGUUCGGGUUGACCCGUUUAGUAACCACCUCCAUCACAAAAUCCACUUCUCGAAAGCUAAGCGGGUCGAGCCAACUUUCAUUCACUAGCUCAAAAAGCUCUUUUUCAUCAAAUUAUUAUGUGGCUCCAGAAGCCCGAAUUUCAGGCCAGAAAGUUGGCCCGAAAUGUGAUGUCUACUCUUUUGGGAUUGUGUUGUUGGAAAUGUUAACGGGCCGGGCCCCAGAUGGAGUCGGGCUCGAUAACGAUGGGAAAGGGUUGGAGGGGUUUGUGAGGAAAGUGUUUCGAGAGGAAAGACCGUUGUCUGAGAUUAUUGACCCGGUGCUUUUACAAGAAGUGUAUGCUAAGAAACAAGUGGUGGCUGCAUUUCAUAUCGCGCUUAAUUGUACUGAAAUUGACCCGGAGGUUCGACCCAAGAUGCGGAUUGUAUCGGAUAGCCUUGACCGGAUCAAAUUGCAGUGAGUUAGGUUGACCUAAUUUUAGGGGGAUUUGACUCGAGAGUAGGAGUAUGGAUUAAAGAGUAGACUUUGUUCUUGAAAGGUUGAUUUUUUGGAUGUUAGAAGUUGCUCUUUGUUUUUUGGAUACUCUUGGGAUGUUGUAGACUUUUGGUUAUAAGUGGAGGAAAUAUGUAUGUUUUAGGUUUUGUAAUUAGGGUUAACUUAAGGGAUGGUAGUUGUAAUUUUGUAUCAGGUAAUUUGAUCUAUUAUUCUAUA